AUGCGUGAGGAAGGAGAGAGAAACCAUCUUUUUGAAGCCCGUUUUUCCAGUUUUUUCGUACUCCUACGUUUAUUUCAAGGCUCCAAGCCCAACCGGCAAGCCUUAUGUUACUUACCGCCCUGGAGAGUAGUGAUAACCGCCAAAAUUGCGUCGAAAAAGAAACGAAAAAAGAAAACAGGACUAUGCCCAGCAAACGGCACCACCAAACCACUGACAUACGACUGCCCCAAGACUGCUGCUCAACCCCCGCAGGGGGGGCCGGGUGGUGCUCCUGAUGUCCCCACCGGCGAGGCAGACUGGGGAGGGGGCGGGGUCAGCACACAGGAGGACGGCAAUGGAGCGUUCGCACGACGCCUCUUUGGGGAUCGGCUGACCCAGUACAGCAGUGAGCUCCAGUCCCUGCGUUUCCAGUCGCGACUCACCGACUCGCGACACGUGGAGUGGGAGGCCGUCCUCUGGCGCAGCGUUCUAUUGGUGGAGGUCCCCGUGGGCAUCCUGCCGGACGGCAGCAAGGAGAGUUUUGUAAACCUCCUUGACUACGCGGAGGAGAAACUCCAGUGUGAGACCGUGCUGAUCUGUUUCAAGAAGGACCGGACUGACCGCGCCUCUCUCAUCCGAGUCUUCAUGUUCAUGGGGUUAGAGGUCGUGACCCCAGGUCACCCCGACGUCCCUGACAACCCUGAUUACUUCUUCAUGGCCUACAGCAUUGACUAGGCUGGCCUGACCACCCCUGUGGUUGUGAAUGUGAUAGUCCAAAUUGUGUGAUGUUACUGGAAUCAGGAUAGGAUGGGUCAUACCAUUUCCAGCUUGAGGGGGAUAGAUAAAAUCAAAAGGGCAGUCAGCUUGUUCAUGAUGUAAAUGGGAUCGACCACUUCACACAUGGGGGUGUUCUGGCCUGAGCUAGUCAGGAGGUCUUUGAGUGAGCUUAUCCAAUAAGAAUGGACGAUACAGUAAGAGCUUGUGAACUGGUGGAACACAUCAAUGCUUUUUUUCUUGUAACAUUUGUAACAUAUUUUGUGAUUGGUAAUUGGGGAAUAGGUUUCACUUUGGGUUAGGUGUUUGUUGAAGUUUUGUUCGUUUUUUUGCAAAUCACUAAGUACUAGUGGCCAAGUUACCAGUAGUUGUAUUAUAUAUUGUACACGGUUCUAACCAACUUAUUAAAAUUUAAAUGGUUGUUCAGCACUUAUUAAGCUAUGUUUAGUUCACUUGAGAUAAGUUGCACCUAAUAAACUUAAGGCCGUCUGACCUGUUUUGUUUAAAAAAAAAUGUUUAACUUUGAAUGUAUGCUGAAUUUUGUUUGUGAAAAGGCUUUCUCCAUGGCAAGUGAAAUGCAGUUACACAUAAAAUGUUCCCAACUUCCAACCAAACAUUUUGCUUGUGUUUGAUGUGUAAUGAUGUUACCAUGCAGUGAUGAAACAUACUUCAACUUUUUGCAAUGGCUAAGGGGUGGUACCUUCCUGUGUUUUGAUUUAAACUUUACUUUUUUGCAUUCCUUGUCUCAAAACUAUUUUACUCAGUCAUCAAAAAGUUGCAACAGAAAGUUCUUGGAAUAUGUAUUCCUCACUUGGUAAAGUUAGUUGAUCACUUUACUUGCCUCAAAUUUGAAACAACUGCUCAUGUCAGUGACUGUAAGCCAGGAUGUCCUGUCACUAACAUAUAAUGUAAUUAUUUUGCAUAGAUUUAAAAAAAAUGUAUGUGCAUAUUUUUUAGGCACCAGAAAAGCCGUUUCCACGCAGAGUGUUGUAUCUGAGAUGGUGAGUUGCAAGUCUGUGUGUCCAGUUCAUCUCGUGAAGAUGUGAUGCUGGUGGAAUAAAAUCUUGUAAGAAGCAA